GUAAUAUCAUCCAGUUUUCAUCAAUCACCAUUGCAGUUCUCUGUUCUUUGUCUCUGCAGCUUAAACUUGCUUGUAAUUUGCCAUUUUGAAAAUGGGGAGCUGGAAUUAUCCAGCAAUAUCCUUAGAUGAUUUCAUGAAAUCAAUAAAAGGGUUUGUAGAUAUGAUGAUUAUCGCUUCUGGGUAUCAAUCAUCUGGCCGUCUUGCCCACUGGGAUUCGGCUAACAUCAAGAAAGCCCUCCAAUGGGCUCUUUUCAUAGAGGAUGUGAUUGGUUGCUUGAGUAGUCAAGAUGAUUACAAAGAUUCUCUGGAUGAACUUGAUAUAGCUUUAUGUGAGAUGAAGUCUAACCCACAUUUCCCAAAGGGUCUAGAACAUCUAUCAUCCAAGAAUCUUAACAAUGCAAGGCGUUUAAUGUUAGAACAUCUUACUCAUGCCUUACCAUUGAGGGACACACACCUCAGAGCUCUAUUGACAGCAGCUGUUGAAAUGGAUUCUCACAGGGUUCUGAAGGGAAAUAGUGAUUCCUGUGAGAAACACUUUAAAAAUUUGCUGCAAAAUGAGCCAACAGAAUCUGCUUUCAGUUCGCACUCACAUUUCAUAGAGGCCUCAGCAACUACAGAAACUAAUAAUGCUGCCUGCAGCUUCUCUUUCAUCGCUGCACGUGAAAUUGAAAGGAGACAUUUGGCAGUGUCAUCACUUUCUGCAGCAGAAGCGUGUUUGGAUAUUUUAUUCAAAAGUGUAUGCCAAUUGAAUAUAAGUGAGCCUGGCAAGAACUUAAUUGAUGGUGUGGCAGACAUUGGAUCUUCAUUGUCUGACGAAAUUCCAGUUGAUCCUCUUACCUGGAAUCAACUAAGAUCUAGAAACCUCUCCUAUUUUCUUGACAAGAGAACUAUUAGGCUGUUAGCAGGUGCCAAUCUUAUCCUUUCAGCCCCCGAGGACCAAUGUGCUCAAUUGCUGGGGAGGCUAUCAAUUUCAGCUGAUGAUGGAUCUAAUUUCUCUGAAGCAGUGGAACUUUUGUUACUUGGAUGUGCUGCAAGAAAAUGGGAAAUUUUGAUCGAACAUUUUAUGUCGACCCCUUAUGCACCUGUUAUUUUAUCAAAACUAUGCAAAGAGGUGUUUAACUUAGUGGCUGGAGGUUGUAAAAAUAUCUGUUGCAAUGAUAGCAUGAUGAGUUCAAAGGAUAGAAGUGUUAUAAGGUUUCUGGAGAGCUGGCUAAGCAGUAGGCUACCUAUAUUGUGGAAAUUGUCCCCUAUACUAGCAGCAUUUUCAAUUCCAUCUUGGUCUCAGCUGUUUAGAUCAUAUUUAAGAGAACUAGAGAGUCACUUGAGAGGAGGCUCAUCAGUGAAUAGCUCUUGUAGCUGUGCCAAUGAUGCUAAGGAGCAUAUAAAAUGUGAUGCAGUAGACAGAGUCUGGUGCCUUUAUAUAUAUCAUAUUUGUGGUUCCAAUUAAUGUUGUGUUGCUUCACAUCUCCACAAAUUUUCAAGUUCCAUAGCUACGGGUAAGUGCAUUGGAACCAAAUAGGCACUGUCAACAUAUUAAAAUAAACCUCUAAUU